UGUGUAAUCCUCACUCCUUUCAUACACCAGAGCGGCCACUUCAGAACUGUGAUAAGAUGAUCAUUAAGGAGGGAAACUCUGCUGUUGUUUUUACAUCCUGCUGAUGUCAGAGGGUUGCUCCUCACUGGGUGUAGGUGUGUCUUGCUUCCAUUGAGCUGCCUUCCAGUUCUGGGUACAGCAAGAAACAACACAGAAAUCAGUUUACAGACUGACCUGUCAUCUGUUUGCCUUUUUAAAAUAUAUACUGUAUUUCCACCACUUUGAUAUUUGGUGACGGGAGUUCCUUCACAGUCAAGGGCCGAUUUUUCAGGGUUCAAGACUGAGUGCAGAGUUUGAUUGCAUCAUCCAAGCUGACACUCUAUUUGGAGGGAGAGCUGAACCCUUUGAGGUGUCACCUUCAGGUGUUCCCUGCUGGAGCCAGCCCCCCGAGGAAGCGCCGAUGGACGGGAAAGCGUGGACCACCCUGAGUCCCGAUGAGUUCGCUCAGCUUCACCAGUACAUUGAGUAUUCCACAAAGAAAGUGAAGGAUGUCCUGGGCGAGUUUGAUGGGAAUGGCCGACUGUCGAAGUACAGCACGGAGCAGAACAUAGACUUCGAAGGCUUUCGAACGCUCAUGAAGAUCUACCUGGAUGUGGAAGACAUUCCCAGUCAGUUUUGUCAGCACCUCUUCUGGUCCUUUCAGACGAGGCCAAGUGAGAAAGACAGUCACAGCUCCAAACCAGAUGAUGCAGCAGGGCAAGAGGUGGUCUGUGUAAAGGACGUUGUCUGUUAUUUAUCCUUUCUGGAGGGGGGACAGCCCGAAGACAAACUCAAAUUCACAUUUAAGUUGUAUGACACUGAUGCCAAUGGACUUCUGGACAGCUCUGAGGUCGAUCGUAUCAUUGCCCAGAUGAUGCAUGUGGCUAAGUACUUGGAUUGGGACGUGACAGAACUUAAGCCUAUUUUAAAGGAUAUGAUGAACGAGAUUGAUUAUGACAAAAAUGGUACAGUUUCAUUGGACGAGUGGAUCAGAGGAGGGAUGACAACAGCUCCGUUAUUGGUUCUUCUCGGGCUGGAAGCUAGUUUGAAGGAUGACGGGCAACAUAUUUGGCGACUAAAACAUUUUAGCCGACCAGUGUUCUGUAACAUGUGCCAAAACUUACUCCUGGGAAUCAGAAAACAGGGCUUGUGUUGCACGUUUUGUAAGUACACCGUGCAUGAGAGAUGUGCCUCGAAAGCUCCUUCAUCUUGCAUCCGCACCUAUGCAAAAUCCAUCAAGGACACAAAUGUCAUGAAGCAUAUGUGGGUUGAAGGGAACUGCAACAUUACAUGCGGAAGCUGCCAAAAAACCAUAAAGAGUUUUCAACGCCUUACGGGUGUCCACUGUGUCUGGUGCCACAACACUCUCCACAAUGAAUGUGUGCCUCAGGAGAAGGAGGAAUGUGACUGCGGGCCACUUAAGGAUCACGUGCUUCCGCCCUCGGCCAUAUAUCCUGUGGUUCUGGACAGGCAGAACAGCCUGAAGAAAAAAGAAGAGGACAGCUCAUCGAUUGAUGGAGAGCAUCCCAUCACUACAGUGGACGGAAAAGUUCUCCAGAUUAUUCCUGUGCCAAAUACUCAUCCUUUGCUGGUGUUCGUCAACCCAAAAAGCGGAGGGAAACAAGGUGAAAGGGUCUUAAGGAAGUUCCAGUACCUUUUAAACCCAAGACAAGUCUUCAAUUUAGCCAAGGAUGGACCAAAACCAGGGCUGAAAUUCUUUCAUGACGUUCCGAAUAUCCGUGUCUUGGUGUGCGGAGGCGAUGGCACUGUGGGAUGGAUUCUAGACUCCAUUGACAAAAUGCACUUUACGGUGAAGCCUCCUGUCGCCAUUCUCCCACUUGGCACAGGGAAUGACUUGGCACGCUGCCUACGAUGGGGAGGAGGAUACGAGGGCGAGAAGUUAACAAAGGUGCUGAAAGACAUUGAGGUGGGUACUUCAACAUUGCUGGAUCGAUGGAGUUUUGAGGUGACAGAAUCUGGUCUGGAGAAAGGAGAUCCUGUCCCUUACAACAUCAUUAACAACUACUUCUCCAUUGGGGUGGAUGCUUCGAUUGCCCAUCGGUUCCACAUAAUGAGAGAGAAAUAUCCAGAAAAAUUCAAUAGCAGGAUGAAGAAUAAGCUAUGGUAUUUUGAGUUUGCAACCUCAGAAACAGUCUCGGCCACAUGCAAGAACCUGCAGGAGGUUCUGGAGAUAGAUUGCUGUGGGACCCUUUUAGACCUGAGCAACCUUUCGUUGGAGGGGAUCGCCAUCCUCAACAUUCCCAGCAUGCACGGGGGCUCAAACCUGUGGGGCGAGAACAAGAAAGGAGAGAGCAAGCCCCUGCCAAACAAAACCUAUGCAGCCAUAACGGACUCUGAGGCUCUGAAGUCAUGUGUGCAAGAGCUGAGCGACCAGCUGCUGGAAGUGGUAGGACUGGAAGGGGUGAUUGAAAUGGGGCAGAUCUACGCAGGCCUGAAGAGUGCCGGCACGCGACUGGCUCAGUGCACCGAGGUCACCAUCAGGACCAAGCGACUACUGCCAAUGCAGAUUGACGGAGAGCCCUGGGUCCAGCCUCCAUGCACCAUUAAGAUAACUCAUAAAAACCAGUCGCCAAUGUUGAUGGGCCCCUCCACAAAGUCAUCUGGAUCGAAGAAGUGAGCCAGCCAAGGCAGACAUUCCCAUCAAACUCUUUGGCUCAUUGGAACCUUAACCCUUUGGGCUCCAUGUUACUCGAUUCCAAAUAUUAUUAGACCCUUUGCUUUGUCAGAGCCCCUAGUUUAACUAGUUUAGCACACACCCUUGUAUUCUUUCACAGCCUCUCCCAGCCACACAAUGUGUCCUUUAAGAUGUGUGUGUAGUGCCUUUGAUCUGUCACACACAUUGAUUCUGCUGAGAUAUUAUGGCACAGAUUUUUUUUGCUCUGACACUACCCUGUGAUACUUUGACUGACAUUGACAAAUAUCUGGAGUAUAUUCUAGGAAUGAGCAGUAUCUUGCAUGCAAUUUACAGGUGCUAAUUGUACAGUUGUUGAAAGUUUCUAUUUAACUGGGAGGCAGUGAUACUUUACAAGUACUGCAUGUCAUCCUAGGAGAUCUUACUUUAGCCUUUCCACAACAGGAGAUAAACACUGGCCAGACUGCUGAAUGCAAAGCCAUUAAAUCACAACUGGUGACAAGUCUAUCGGGAGUGCACAUGUAACUUCAUCGAGAAUUCCAAUGGCUGUAUUAGAAUUUCUUGACACUGUUUAUUGCAGACACCUCACCUGUAAUGUUUAUAUCACACCACACUUCAGCUUCUGCACCCAGGUCUAAAUUAAAGCCUUUACUAUUUGACAAUGUGAUGUAUUAAUGUGAUCAUAUAUAUCUAUUGGAGAGCUUGCCUGAAGUAUGCUGGACAAAUGGUAUCAAAUGCAGGCAGUGAAAUCUCAAGUAAUUGGCCACAUUUAAUGCUUUAGAUUAAAUUCUGUAUUCACAGCAUGCAAACUAUGUGAAUUACUCCGUGUGACAAGCAAACACAAUGCAAUUUGCUCAAAUGAAUAUUUCAUAGUGGGAGUGAAGGAGAUUUGCCUUGUCAGUGUGAUCAUUGAGAAAUGUUGUGGAUCCACGAGAGAGUAGCUGUAAUUUAGUGCAUUGGACUGCACAGGACUGAACAGAGGUGUUUGGUUCACUGGUAUCCUAUCUGCUGGGAAUAUAAUGGAACCAUUUUGAGUCUCUGCUUGGUUACAUCUUUGGUUGGUAAUAGAGUCAAUGAAAUUAAACCAAACCUAAUUCAUUGAAGGGAUCCAACCUCCCCUCACCUGAAUCAUUUUGGGCCCUUAAACCAUUCAGGAGCCCAAGAAUAAAAAUUAAGGUCUUAUAAUUUACAAUAAGGGUCUGAAUUUCUUAACAUUCCUUUCUGCCUGGUUUUCUUUGUUAGUUGUGGCAUAUAUUGGACAGGUUUUAAAUCUUAGAUACAAGAAGAAAGGGAAAGUGAAGACACAAGGAGAAGGCAGGAGGGACGGCAGAAUAUUGCUGUAGAAAUGCAGAUGCCAAAAAUCUGAAAUAAAAACAGACAACGCUGGGAAAUCUCUGCAGGUCAGGCAGCCUCUGUGGAGAAAGGAACAGAGUUAACGUUUCAGGCCGAGGACCGUUCCACUUGAAACGUUAACUGGAUUCCUCCAGAUAAUUUGGUCCAAUGACAGCACCUGGCACCUCGUGAACAACUCUUAGCAUAAAUCUGAUUUAUUUUCCCCCACCCCCCACCCCCACAAUGGCUAGCUCACUUGCAGGUAAAUGGUAGAGGUACAGGUAAGAAGCUUAAUGUAUUUUUGUAUCUGUAUAUUGAGGUAUGUGGAUGAUGGAGUUGUAUAGACGUGCACACCUUUAAAUAUUUUGUAAAUAUAACAAAUAAAAGCUUCAGG